UACAUAUUUUGUGUUGGUGACGAUUCUUGUGCUCAUAAUUGGGUUUAUGAGCUUCUGAAUUCAGAAUUCUUGUUAAUGAACAUAUUUCUGCUCUGUGAAUCAGUGAUAGAGGAGUUCUACAUAAAGUGUGUGCUCUGUGUUAAUGAAACUGAAAGUUUGUGUGAUAGUGUCUGUAAUCAGAAACAAGGCAACAUGUUGAACCUGUUUUUGUCUACAAUGUUUCUCAACACCCUGACCCCUAAGUUCUAUGUUGCCUUGACCGGAACGUCAUCCCUCAUAUCGGGUCUCAUACUGAUAUUUGAGUGGUGGUACUUCAAGAAGUACGGAACUUCAUUCAUUGAGCAGGUGUCUUUGAACCACAUUUCCCCCCUCCUUGGUGGAGAGCCAGUGAACAACAACGAGGUUGCCAAUGGAAACGCCAACGGCGCCAUCACUAAUGGUAGCAAUGGCAACAACAACAGCAGUACACACGGACAGCAAAGUAUGCCAGAGUGCAAAGUGUGGCGUAACCCUUUGAAUCUGUUCAGAGGGGCGGAGUAUUUACGUUUCACAUGGAAGGCAAAUAAAGAUCCGCUCACUUACUACGAUAUGAAUCUCUCUGCUCAAGACCAUCAGACUUUCUUCACUUGUGACGCUGAUGCAGGCAAACCAGAGUACGAAAUAAUGCAGACGGCUUGGAGAGAAAGAAAACCACAGGCAAGAAUCAAGGCAGCUACAGAAGCCCUGGAGAAAAACCCUGAAUGUGCAACAGCGUUGAUCUUGCUAGCGGAGGAAGAUGCGUCAUCAAUCUUGGACGCCGAGAAACACUUUAAGCAGGCGUACAAGUAUGCAGAGGUCCAGUACAAGAAGUCCCAGCAGACCCAACACCAGGGGUCUACACAGGAAGCUAUACACAGUAAGGGCUAUGGGUCUACACAGGAAGCUAUACACAGGCGAGACACAAAUGUAGUGGUAUACAUAAAACGUCGCCUUGCCAUGUGUGCACGAAAGCUGGGAAGGGUGCGAGAGGCUGUGAAACUCAUGAGAGAGAUUAUGAAGGAGUUCCCGCUGGUGACAAUGUUCAACAUUCAUGAAAAUCUCAUAGAGGCCUUACUAGAGUUGCAGCUGUAUGCAGACGUCCAAGUGGUUCUAGCUAAAUAUGAUGAUAUCAGUUUGCCAAAAUCAGCGACCAUAUGUUACACUGCUGCACUUCUCAAAGCCCGGGCAGUGGCAGACAAAUUUUCUCCUGACAUAGCGAGCAAGCGUGGCCUCAGUACAGCAGAAAUGUCAGCAGUGGAAGCCAUACACAGAGCAGUGGAGUUUAAUCCACAUGUACCCAAGUAUUUACUGGAGAUGAAGAGCCUAGUUCUUCCUCCAGAGCACAUUUUAAAGCGAGGUGACAGUGAGGCCCUGGCAUAUGCAUUUUUUCACCUUCAGCACUGGAAACGGGUCGAGGGUGCUCUCAAUCUUCUACACUGCACAUGGGAGGGCACCUUUAGGAUGAUUCCAUAUCCCCUAGAGAAAGGUCACCUGUUUUACCCCUACCCCACAUGUACAGAGAGCGCUGACAGGGAGCUGUUACCUGCAUUUCACGAGGUGUCGGUGUACCCCAAGAAGGAGCUGCCUUUCUUCAUCAUGUUCACAGCAGGCCUCUGUUCCUUCACAGCCCUGCUGGCCCUCCUCACACAUCAGUACCCCGAGCCCAUGGGCGUCAUAGCGAAAACUGCUCUGACCUGGGUUUACCUUCCUGUCAGCUACAUACUGGAGAAACUGGAGGCCAUUCUGCCGGCCAACCUGUUCCAACAACUCUCCAGAAUCUGAUAUGCUGAGGGAACGAACAUGCUGCUUUUUUAUUAUGUUCAGGAUGAUCUGUCAGCAUAAAACAGUUAAAAAAUGUGCUGCUAUGCUUUAUUUAAAAAACAACUCUACAAGUAAUAACAUAGUUUGCUAGAAGAAAUAUAUGCUUGUCCAUUCAGUGUACGGUUUCUGAAAUUUGGAUAACUAAAGAAGUUCAUAUAGUGUUUGUUUUGCUAGAAAUGAAAAUUAUUGUUACAUGUUCAAUAUUUGCUAUCUGAAAAUUGGGAAACAUGUUGUGGUAAUUUUUUUCUGUUGGCAUUUUUGGUUAAUUUAAUAAAAAUAACUUAAGUAAAA